AUGGCUGACGAGGCUGCUAAGAAGGCCACGGGGUGGAGGGAAUCGGGCCCUCCAACCCCCCCUGCGGCCCGCCUCGACCUCGGCCACAACACCCACCUACGCUCCGCAGUAGGGGCAUGGGUCAAGCGUCAUAUCAAGGAGGAAUGGAAGAACAACUGGCAGCAUGCGGACCAUGGCGGCUUUCUACGGCAGUGGCUCCCGGAGCUUGACCCGCAAAGCAAGGCCUUGGUGCGGUAUAGCGGGCUGACGACCCCGGAGGCAAGCGCCUUGUUUCAAGCCCGUACGGGCAAGAUCGGCUUCAACCACCUCUUAGCCACGAUCAAGCGCUCCAAAACAGCGCUUUGCCCCUGCGAGCAAGACCGUGAGACGAUCACCCACGUCCUGCUUCACUGCACCCGCUACGAUGCUCUGCGGCGCCAGCUCUGGGGGUCUGACUAUACCAGCCACCCCCAGCACACCCGGGACGCCCUGACCGACCCCAAAUACGCCCCCCGAACGGCCAAGUUCCUCCUAGCCACGGGCCGCCUACCCUACCUCAGGGAGAUGGUCCCUAUGAGGGUCACGGAGGACGGGGAGGCGGUCGAGGUGCGUGAAGAAAGGGUCAGCGGGGCGGAGGCCCUACCGGAGGAGGACUACGAGGGACGUGGAGGCACAAUGGAAACAGGGCCGCCACUGGGCGGGGCGGAGCGAAACCCCGGCGCAGGGGACAGCAGUAUGGGCCCCGAUGAAGCGGUGAUUCGGGGUAUUGGUCAUAGGCGCGCCCCAGGGGAGCAGCUGAACCCCUAA